UCUAGAGCUUUUUACAAUUUCCGUUGAAGAGAGAGAGAGAGAGAGAGAAAGAGAGAGAGAGAGAGGGAGAGAGAGAGGCGAGAGGUGCGGAUGGAAUCUGGCGACGAAAUGAUAAUGGCGGACGACGGAGACUCCUACGAAGACGACGACUUCUACAGCGGCGGCGGAUGCGGAGGCAUCGAAGACUCCGACGAUGACGUCAUCAUGGAUUACUUCAUCGACAACGACUCUGAUGAUUCCGACAGCCUCGCCUCCCAUUAUCGCUCCCAGACCAACUAUACCAUUUUGAACGAAGCUGAUAUACGUCAACGUCAAGAAGAAACUAUGAUGAAGAUAGCUACGGUGCUUUCCAUAUCAAAGGAUGCAGCCGGCAUCUUGCUUCGCCAUUUUAACUGGAGUGUCAGUAAAGUGAACGAUGAAUGGUUUGCAGAUGAAGAGAAGGUUCGCAGGACUGUUGGCUUGUUAGAGAAUCCUACUCCACUUCCUAAUGAAAAAGAGAUAACUUGUGGGAUCUGUUUUGAGACAUAUCCUCGUGAUGAAAUUAGUUCUGCUGCUUGUGGCCAUCCUUUUUGUGUCACAUGCUGGCAAGGGUAUAUUAGCACAUCCAUAAAUGAUGGUCCUGGGUGUUUGAUGUUGCGGUGCCCUGAUCCAUCUUGUAGUGCUGCAGUGGGUCAAGAUAUGGUACAAGAAUUGGCCACUCGAGAUGAUAAAGAGAAAUAUAACCGUUACUUGCUAAGGUCAUUUGUUGAGGACAAUAGGAAGACGAAAUGGUGCCCUGCUCCUGGCUGUGACUAUGCUGUUGACUUUAUUGUUGGUAGUGGAAGCUAUGAUGUCACUUGCUGCUGCUCAUACAGUUUCUGUUGGAAUUGCUGUGAAGAAGCUCAUAGGCCAGUUGAUUGUGGAACUGUGGCCAAGUGGAUUUUGAAGAACAGUGCUGAAUCUGAGAAUAUGAAUUGGAUUUUAGCUAAUUCUAAGCCCUGUCCAAAGUGCAAGCGGCCAAUUGAAAAAAAUCAAGGUUGCAUGCACAUCACAUGCACCCCUCCCUGUAAAUUUGAGUUUUGCUGGCUCUGCCUAGGUCCAUGGUCAGAUCACGGUGAGAAGACAGGUGGCUUCUAUGCAUGCAACCGUUAUGAAGCAGCAAAACAAGAUGGAGCAUUUGAUGAUGCUGAAAAGCGAAGAGAGAUGGCUAAAAACUCUUUGGAAAGAUAUACACAUUACUAUGAAAGAUGGGCCACCAACCAAUCGUCUAGGCAGAAAGCCCUUGCAGAUCUUCAGCAAAUGCAAACUGUUCAUCUUGAGAAGUUGAGUGAGAUACAGUGUCAACCUGAAUCACAGUUGAAGUUCAUAAUAGAUGCUUGGCUGCAGAUAGUUGAAUGUAGACGGGUGCUCAAAUGGACUUAUGCAUAUGGAUAUUACUUACCUGAGCAUGACCGUGCCAAGAGGCAAUUCUUUGAGUAUCUACAAGGUGAAGCUGAGUCUGGGUUAGAACGGCUUCAUCAAUGUGCCGAGAAGGAACUCCAAAGAUACCUUAAUGCAGAUGGUCCAUCAAAAGACUUCAAUGAGUUCCGCACAAAGCUAGCAGGGCUGACAAGUGUCACUCGAAAUUACUUUGAAAAUCUGGUCCGAGCUUUAGAGAACGGUCUGUCAGAUGUGGACCCUCGAGGGGCUUGCAGCAGGGCAGCGAGUUCAAAAAACCUGGGAUGUUUAAGCAGCAAAGGGAGCAGAAGCAGGGGCAGGGGAACCACAUCCAGAUCAAGCAGUUCCAAAAACAUAGACGAUUCUGGACACUGGUCUUGUCAAUACUGCACAUUUGCCAACGUUAGAUCUGCUAAUAUUUGUCAGAUGUGUCAGCAACGCCCUUGAAGCGAAUUCAAUUUGCAGUGAGCAUCCCGCCCAAAGUGGGGAAUCUGAUACCGCAUCUACUGAAGUCUGGGUGGUCAUUGGGAAAUGAGGUAAAAGGAGGAUAUCAGAUUACCGCGUUCCCUUCAAAACCCUUUCCCAUCCCAGCAGAGAUGCUGUACAUAGUUCAGGUUGUGUGUAUGUAUCCUGUAACAACAUCCUUUCCUAGAACCUCAUUUUCAUGUUUUAUUUUAUUUCUAUUGCUAUUUAGGACGCAGGAAAAAUCUGCUCUGUUGUAUUGUACACUACUUUUAUAGGGAGUCAUAAUAUAACUAUAUAACAGACUUUCAUAUCAUAAAGAAUAAAAGUUUUUAGAUCCUAGCAUGCA